AUGCUGACGGCAAUGCCCCGAGCAAGCACCGCGCUGGUGCCGGCUGUAGACCUCGUCUUGCCUGUAAUCGAAGGAAGCUCCGAGAGAUCCAAUCGUCCAGGAAGAACAUAUCAGUUCCCAAACAACGCAUACAACAUCCACCUUCACAGGGAAUCAAACUGGGCACAAGCUACGGGCACAUACGAGGAAGUAAUGGCCAGAGCGCGGGCCGGCGAAGAACUCCAUAUUCAGCCCGGAGAGCACGAUUGUGUUUUCCAAAACAGUGCCCCAGAUCGGACGGAUGGUGACUUUGAAGUCGCAUGGGUUGUGCUUGCUUUCUCUCUCGGUGGACGGGAGUUCGAUGUAAAAGCUCAAAUGGUGGCUGAGUGGCAGGGUUGGCAGGGCCAGUGGGUAAAUGCUAAACCGCAGUCUAUUCCCCCCAUUCCUGCAGGCCACACAGCCUCUAUCUUGAUUCACCAAGAUAUUCUCUACCGUAAGAUUCUAGAGCCAUCGAUUCUCAAAGGGAAUAAUAAAGACUGGAAGCUAGAGGGACUCACUGGCUACGAGGGAGGUGGGGUGGGCUUUUCACGCCGCGUGGCAAAAGCCCUUAGACAGGUUACCUUCGACAUACCAUGUGGACGAGCGGUUGAAACAGCCUUGAAUACUAGACAAGCCCAUCUGGAGGUCACUGGCUGGAAUGAGGAUCUCAAGAUAUGCUCGUCGUACUACUCGUAUUUGGAUUAG